GUUUGUGUCGCGGGUUGGAGUUGCGGCAGGGGUGAACAUUACCCACUGCACAAAGUCAACUACCAUAUUCUGACAUGUAAAGCUGAGCAAUAUUAAUUUUACAAUAUCAAAAUAACAUACAAAAAUUAUUUCUCAGAUUACAAGAUCACCGACAAAAAGUAAUAAUAACCUCUUCUACACCGAUUAAAACAGCACGCGAUACACAAUGUAAUUUGGAUAUGUUAUGUUGGCAACACAAACUCGACUCUUGUCGUUUCCACGAACCUCAAUUGAACGCUACCCUAAAAUUUUGUAGGGUAGAGUUCAAAUAAACCUUUGAUGUUUCCACCGUAAAAGCGUUCACCCCAACCCGACUCUAACCCGACUCUGACCCGAUUUGAACCCUCGAUGGAAAGUGAGGCAAUAAAAUUAUAUGUGAGCAGGUGAAAUAAAAUAGUAACAUACAUAUGUUGUAUAUUUGCCCCAGUAUCUAUAAGCACGGCUGUCAAGUCUGACUGAUUUACACAAAGUUCUUGCUACGACGCCUUGUAAGUGUGUGUUACUCUUUUUUUUAUGUGAGACAAACUAAAUACAAAAUUUGAAAAAAAAUGCAAAACACUAUCGUUACAAUAAUUUUACAUCCUUGAAACGAAGAAUGAACAAAGCAAGUAAUCUGUGUAAGUUGCAAUGAACAGCGGUUAUGUUUUUCAAUGGAAAGCGAUAUAACGACAAUGGCGGCAAUGUCUCCGUCGAAGCGGAGAUUGCAGAAAGAAUUAAUGUCUUUAAUACGUGAACCUCCACCAGGCGUACAUGUAGAUGAAGAUCUUGCUGGUCAAAAUUUAACACAAUGGAUUGUUCACAUGGAAGGUGCAAAGGGCACUUUAUAUGAAGGGGAACGAUUUCAGUUGCAAUUCAAAUUUAGUUCUAAAUAUCCAUUCGAUUCGCCAGAAGUAACAUUCAUAGGUGGAAAUAUACCAGUGCAUCCUCACGUAUAUAGUAAUGGUCACAUCUGCUUAUCCAUUCUAACUGAUGAUUGGUCUCCAGCUUUAAGCGUGCAGAGUGUUUGUUUAAGUAUUGUAUCAAUGUUAAGCAGUUGUAAAGAAAAGAAGAGGCCACCUGACAAUUUAUUUUACGUGAAAACAUGUAAUAAAAAUCCCAAGAAAACAAAGUGGUGGUAUCAUGAUGACAGUGUGUAACAGCAACUGCUAAAAUUCUUAACAACUUGUCAAUGAGCAGUUAUUGCUGGACCAAGUGGAAUGACAUUUUUUUUGUCUUAAAGUAAUUAAUAAAAUUUCAUAGAUGAAAUUGUUGAAAUAACUUCGUCACGUAUUUAAAAAAUUAGGUGCAUAAGUUAGAAAAAAAGCAAAGGCUACGUAUUACUUAUUAUUACAAUAAAAAAGUGAUGUAAAAUGUGUGAAUUAUCCAGUUAUAAAUUAUUACGAGGUUAUUAAAAGAAUAGUACAUGUUAUCCCACAGUUUAAUAGAGGAUCAUAAUUUACAAAAUGAGAAAAUGGCAGGAAAAAGUGCACGUACAAUAUUGAUAUGCAAUGAAAGUGUUUUAUUAUUUGUGUAGAAAGUGCACUGUACAAUGGUAUCAAAUUAAUAUAUUACAGUAAUCACUAUUAAUAGCAUACCUUUAAAAAUAUACAAUGUUAUCUCACUGGUUA